AUGGCCCAGUUCCUUUCUACUCUCCGCCGCUUCCUAACACGACAUCCCAAAGCUGGCGCAUAUGAACCGCUCAACACCAACUUUUCAAGGUUCGAAGAAGGCGAUGUUGUCAUAGUGAAUGGGAGGCAUCCUCUGUUGACAGCACCAUUGGGGAAGAAUAAGUCUACAGGAGUCAGUCGUGGAUCGAUUGAGCACAAUGAUAUUAUUGGGAAAGCACCUCGCGACCUCGUGCAGGCACGUAAAGGCCCGCAAUAUAGGAUCACUUUCCCAACCCUUGAAGAAUAUGCUACCCUAAGCCCCCGAUUAGUCACGCCGGUCUAUCCUGCUGACGCCAGUUUAAUUGUGUCGCUUUUAGACAUUCAUGUACCAAGCCCCGUAAAUGAUGGGAUGCUAGGUGAACCUCUAGAAAUUCUUGAAGCAGGAACCGGCCAUGGAUCACUGACGCUGCAUCUUUCGCGUGCAAUAAACGGUGCCAACUCGUGCCCACCUCGCAUCCCACGCCGUUUGCAGAGGCACACUGUCUCGCAAAACGAUAACAAAAGUGUGCUGAAGAAUGAGGAAUCGCUAGUGUCGGGCGGAAUUGAGCCCAGCCAACAGGCUUGGAAUGCCUGGCGCUCUCAACGUCGAGCUAUUAUUCAUACCAUAGAAGUCUCAGCCAAACACUCUACUCACGCUGAGAAAAUUGUGCGAGGCUUUCGACGUGGUAUGUAUGCUGGAAAUGUUGAUUUUUACGUCUCCAGCGUUGAAGAAUGGAUUGAAAAUGAAAAUCGACGCCGAAAAAAGCCCUUGCUAUCAGAUACACCAAAACCAUAUCUUUCAUACGUUAUUCUGGAUAUGCCCUCAGCGCAUUUACGAAUACCAAACGUAUCCCCCAUUCUCAAGGUUGAUGGCCUUCUUGCUGUAUUCAUGCCAAACGUGACGCAAAUAGGAGAUUGUGUAAAAAUCAUUAAGGACAAACGUUUACCGUUGCGCAUGGAAAAGGCAGUCGAACUCGGGACUGGUAUCAGCAAUGGCAGACUUUGGGAUAUAAGAAUGGCUAUACGGCGGUCCAAGCCAGCCCCGGCUAGUGAAGAAGCCGAGAAAACACAACCUGGAAAGGAAAAGAACGAGGAAGUGUCUGACAUAACUAGUCAAGACGCAGUGGCCGCUAUAGGGCCCGAGGAGCCGCGAGCUGGUGACCCAGUGUUGGUCUGCCGACCCAAAGUUGGCGACCGAAUUGUUGGAGGGGGCUUUAUAGGACUAUGGAGACGGAUUGCCGAGGAAUAG